AUGAGAACUCAACCGUCCAACGUGUUCAUUUUACGUGGAAUGAACUUCUAUUUUGAAUGUCUGCAACGUGGUAAAGGAAGCUGCGUUUCAGAUGACCAAUCAUCGAUCAUCGCAGAUAUGCUGAAGAUCCUGGCGGCAAAUUUAUUGGCUCCUUACACCGUUAUUCGCUUCUACAGUUUACGGUUGCUGAAGCACAUCAGCAGUAUUCUCGGAUUCGAAGAUGUUUUCGAUUUUUUCAACAUCGCACUGAAAAUUGAAUCAACGCCCGUCACAUACGAAACAUACAGAGGACGUCUGUUAGAGUACCGUCGAAUAGCCGUGUUUCGCUUUCCUGAUCGCAUUUUGCAACACAGUGAGCUCUUUCUUCUGUUGCCCUUGCGAAUUUUGAUUGGACAGUUCUACGUGAAUUUCGCCGUCCUGUGGAAGCCUCUUACGGACAUCGUCGAGGAAAUGUCCAGACGUUUGCUGCAAAACGUGUUCUGGCCGUUCUUGGCAGAAGUGUUGCAAAAGGCAAACGAUGACGCAGGUAAUUACCAGGGCUAUUAUUACUUAUUUUUAUAAAU